CACACACACACGCAAUCGAUCUGGCGGCGUCUGACUCUCUAAGGAGGACAGACAGAGAGGCAGUCAGUGUGUAGGUAACAUCGGUGCAGGGAGGACGUGUGUUUCCGGGGCUCCUCAUUCACACAUACACACACAGAGGCUGAGAGAGGAGGGGAAAUGGCGAGGUGGCUGCCUAGACUCAGAUCAGGGGCAAGAACAUACUAUACUUACUCCUCAGAGCCUUUCCACCCUCUCAAAAGGGCGCCGGCGUGGAGGUCGGCGGAGGAAGCUGUGUCAGUCAUCAAGUCAGGAGAUGUGGUGUUCAUUCACGGAGCGGCCGCCACGCCCCUCAAGCUGGUGCAGGCCAUGACGGAGCACGGCAAGAGGGCGGGACUCAAGGAUGUGUCAGUCUGUCACAUACACACUGAAGGCCCAGCUCACUACACGGACCCGUCUUGUGAAGGCAUUUUCCGCAGUAACUCCUUCUUCAUCGGGUCAAACUGCCGGCAAGCCAUUAAUGACGGACGCGCGGACUACGUGCCUAUCUUCCUCUCUGAAAUCCCGCUACUCUUCCACAAACACAUUAUCAACAUAGACGUCGCGCUUGUACAGGUCUCCCCGCCAGACAAACACGGGUUCUGUUCUCUCGGCACCAGCGUGGAUUGUGCAAGGGCGGCGGUACAGAAUGCCAAGUAUAUCAUAGGCCAAGUGAACCCAUGCAUGCCCCGGACGUUUGGUGACGGGGUGAUUCACAAGAGCCACUUUGACGCCAUGGUGGACGGCCUGGACAACCUCCCUGAGCACUGCCCCAAGCCGCGCUCUGAGGUGGAGAACGAGAUAGGAAGGCUAAUCGCUGAGGAGCUGGUGGAUAACGGGGCUACACUGCAAAUGGGCAUUGGCAACAUCCCUGACGCGGUGCUGGCCUCUCUGAAGGGACACAAGGACCUGGGUGUGCACUCGGAGAUGUUCAGUGACGGUGUCGUGGACUUGGUGGAGGCAGGCUGCGUUACUAACACUCACAAGUUCUACCACCCGGGCAAGAUUACUGGAAGCUUCUUGGUCGGCACACGAAGACUCUUUGAUUUUGUCGAUAAUAAUCCGUUUGUGGUGAUGUGUGACGUGUCCUUCGUGAACAACAUCCCAGUGAUCGCCAAGAACCCCCGCAUGACGGCCAUCAACUCCUGCAUCGAGGUGGAUUUGACUGGCCAGGUUGUGUCCGACUCCAUUGGCACCAGGAUGUAUUCAGGUGUGGGCGGGCAGGUGGACUUCAUUAGAGGCGCUGCUGUGGGGCGAGACGGGCUGGGCAAACCUAUCCUAGCCAUGCCUUCCACCACCAGCAGAGGCGAGUCCAAGAUUGUCCCCUUCCUGAAGCAAGGGGGCGGCGUGGUGACAACAAGAGCUCACAUUCACUACCUGGUGACGGAAUGGGGCAUCGCUUUUCUCUUCGGCAAGAACCUCCGUCAGCGAGCUUUCCACCUCAUCAACAUCGCGCACCCUGACCACCGCGAGGCCCUGGAGAAGGCGUCAUUUGAGAGGCUGAAAUGCAUGCCCUCCCCAGACCCCUAGAGAGAGAGAGAGAGAGAGAGAGAGAGAGAGAGAGAGAGAGAGAGAGAGAGAGAGAGAGAGAGAGAGAGAGAGAGAGAGAGCUCCCCCCCAGUGUGCUAUAUAUCAGAGAAGUCUUGCCGCCAGCUACUCGUGUCUACCUUAGUCAGUCCCAAUGUGUUCCUGAGUGGCCAUAAUAACGAUCUUCAUGGAAACCAGCCGUUACUAUUUCUGCCAAAGAUGAGAAGCAUUAAUAUUUUUGUAGAGAUGAUAAUGUUAUGUAUAUGAGGCCAAAUAUUCUUAAAACGGAUAGGUAGAUGAGACAUAUAUAACACGUAUCAUUAUUAUCAUUAUUAUUAUUAUUAUUAUUAUUAUUAUUAUUAUGGGGAAGAGGAAUUUUAACCUUAUUUUAUGUAGUUUCAGCUGAUCACACACACACACACACACACACACACACACACACACACACACACACAAACAUCCCAUUCUUUCAGCUAACUUCUCUCUGCCAUACCUGCUUGGGGACUGGCAUAUAAGUUGGGGGCCUUUUUGUUGCCCUUAGCCAUAAUUCCCUUGUUACAUGAAUAAAAGGAAACUAUACCACCACCUAACCUAUAUGUUACACCACUACAUAUAUAUCACACCACUAAAUGCACCUAGAUAGAAUUCACGCCACGCCACGCCACGCCACGCCACGCCAUGCCGCACGAUGCCUUAUAGCUUACUCUUCACCAUGCUCUCCCGCUGUACCCUUCCUUGUAACUAGAAACGCUCUGCUCUUCUGCUCUUUCACUACGACUAUUUUUCAGGGCCACAAAGAUAAGUAGCGGGGUUUUCAAGAGUGUUUCUACAGUCAAUAAUGCAGAAAUUUUGUCACUCAACCUCUAGAACCGUAAAAAAAAAAAA